AUGGACCGGAGUAAGUCCGGCACGGGCGUUCGGUCCACGAAGAAGCAACAGCUUAGUCACCCGCAGGCAGAGCUGUACGCACUAGGAUCAAAAUCGUCCGUCGGUGGUUCGCGUGGUGACGAUGGAAAAUCGCGGGUUGUCGUCGGUGGCGUAUCGGACCGGAAGCGUGAAGCCUCGGCCUCGAUGACGCUGGGCAGCGCUGGCGGUCCGGUUGCCGCAAAGAAAAUCAAGCUAUCAUCAGGCACGAGCGCCUCGUUGGUCGGAGCCAGCAGCUCUGGACUCGGCAGCAUUUCCGGGCUCGGUACCAGCAAGUCGUCCUCCGGCGGAGACAGCUCCAGCUCGAGCAGUAUCCUCGAGUACUGGGAGCAGUGUGCGAUGGAGUGUGAAUCGGUGGAUCUAGCCGCGACAGUUUUAUCGGCCAUCGAGCAGCAGGACAGUGACAGCGUCGUUGGGUACAUAUGCGGCGCGAUAAAGCUGCUCAUAUCGCCAAAAUCCAAAUCCGAAUCGGUCCUUUCGCUGUCCCUGCUCUACCUGGCCCGGUUACGGCCACAUCUGUUCUGCAACGAAACCAUCACAUCAGCCCUGAUCGCCGUUUUGAAGCGUGAUGGUAGCGGGAAUGCCUUCAAGGGCCGAAACAACCCAACGAUGCAUAUCCUUGCGUGCAAUCUGCUGGCCCGCGGUUACAGCGACAAAAAACAGUGGCCCGAAAGCUUCAUUCGUACGUACAUAGACGAUGCGAUCAACGAUCGCGUCUGGGUAGAUUACGAGGAGUGUGCGCCGUUUACCGAUAAUAUCGUGGCGGCGUUCGGGACAAAAAUUCCACCCAAAUGGAUGCUACAGCCGGAACUCAGUACGCUAAAUCCAACACCCCGGGACGGUGGGCUCGACGACGAGCACUCUACGGACAGCGGCAUGUUUGGUGACGCACUAGGGAAGGAUCCUGACGCCAAUCCACCCCGGUUCGGGCAUAUGCGCGAGCAGCUCGAACGGAUGGUGAUGGACGCGGUUAAGGACCAGCUGAACCGCCGGCAGGGCCCGGAAUGCUCGACGAAAAACUUCCUUCGCUUCCUGUCGCUCACGUGCGGCAUCCUUGAGGUGCGUGCCUUCGUGGUGCCCCGGUUGGAGAUGUGGAUACACAACGGUAAGCUGGUGAAGCCGGUACAGGAGCUGCUGACCUUCCUGUGUUACAACGUGACCGGCCAGAGUCCGAAAGAGCACGAGGUGCUAUCGAAUCUAGCGAAGGUGCGGUUAAAAUCGAAACCGCUCAUUAACAUCUUCAUGAUCGGGCUGAAGGAGAUGAUCAACUGCCAGCCGGAGAUUCUCACGCCACUGCUCAAGUACGUGGUGCAAAACGAACUCUCGAACGCACGCAAUCCCAACAACAUGGGUAUGCUGGCAAUGAUGUUUCAAACGAAACCGACCGAAUCGGCGGCCAAUCUGGCCGAGAUUUACCAGGAAUUUCUGUUGCAGCGCGAAGACGUGCUGCGUACGUUGCGCUUCUUUCUGCGCGAACUCGUCAAGAUGCUGCGGUACGACAUCAACCUGACCGUAUUUUGCAAGGUGUUGCUCCAGAACCGAGCUGAUCUGUCGCCACAGAUCGCCAGCUCGGAGUUCCGCGAUCGCAUCUUCCACUCCAUCGUCGAUCUCGUCUGUCUGUGCAUGUUUCUGUCCGUUUCGCCGCAAAUACGCGAAGCAAACGUGUCCAUUCGGAGUGGCCGCGAGAUGAAAAGCUCAACCGCGCUGAGCGCGUUCUACCAGCAGCAAUCACUUAUUCAGGACCAAGCGCUCGCAUGGAUGAAAGACGUCGUCCCGCGAGUGUACAAACCCAUCGCGGCUGGAGAUUACAAAGCGGCCUUGCAUAAGCUACUACUGCUCGAUUCGCCCGAAGCUUACGCCAAGGGUGACCAGUGGCCACCGGAACCCGAACGAGCGCCACUGCUGCGAAUGGUUUCGGAGAUUCCACUGCAGGAGAACCUGAUGCUGUGUAUCCUGCUGAUCGGCAUAGAGAAGGAGAUCCCGUUCUCCAUUCAGGACACGAUGGAGAUCACAGAGCAGCUGGUGCGCAGGGCAGGUUCCCUGCGCCACAUGGACUAUCCUCCACUCGAGAUCACGGACCUUAAGAUCAUUGAGCUGCUGUUCAAAAUGUCCGAGUAUCACCAUCCGGACAACAUAGUACUUCCUGCAAACUACGAACCACCUAAUUUGGCCAUUUCAUCGUUGUACUGGAAAACGUGGAUCAUCCUACUGCUCAUUUCAGCCCACAACCCAUCCUCGUUCGGGUCAUUCUGCUGGGAGCAGUACCCGAUGCUUCGGUUACUGAUGGAGAUGUGCAUCACGAACCAAAUUGGCCCGCCGAAACCAUGCGACGAUGAGUUAGCUGUUGCGGUGCACGAGAAAACACAAAUUCUCGAGUUUGAGAACCACCUGGCCUCGAAUCCGAUUACGGAGCAAAACAGCCUGCUUCUGUCGCAGCUCAUUCUGAUGGAUCCGCGAGGAGUGGCUCGCAGACCACCCAACCCCGUGUUGGACCAGAUUCAACAGCUCAACGUAAGCCACCGGCUGGGACAUUUGCUGUGUCGCAGUCGGAAGCCCGACCUGUUGCUUGAAAUAAUCCAGCGCCAGGGAACGUCCCAGUCGAUGCCAUGGCUGGCGGAUUUAGUGCAAAAUUCCGAGGGCGACUUCAACCAUCUCCCGGUGCAGUGUUUGUGCGAGUUUCUGCUGGCCAACUCGGGCACCGUUAUCGUGGAAGCGAGCCGGGAAGCGGAACUGCUGCUGUAUUUGCAGCGCGUGCUGCAGGACGAGACGGGCGAACAUCAGAUGAUGAUCGGCGAGAUCGUGGAGUACUUCCUGCGGCGUUUGUCCUCUUUUUCCAGCGCUUCACGCCAAUCGGCCAUCCGUGGGCUGAAGUUGCUGUUGAAAGUGUUCCAGGAUGAGCACGACCCGGGCGCAACCGUGCCGAUCGAGGCGAACAACGGUGAUUGGCUACUGCGCUAUCUGCCGAUGAUUCCUCACUUCCCUUACGUUCGUCCGAGCGUGAUUGUGCAGCUACGGGCCGCUUGCCAGGUGGAGAACAUCCCCGAGCUGGUUAUGGUGUACAUCCAGUUCGUAGCAGCCCACAGUGCCAUCGAUGGCGAGGAGACAAUGCUCGAACACGUGAUGGACAUGUCGCAUCUAAUCGUCGAACGGACGACCGUGUUCGCAAACAUCAUCCCAACGGUGGCAGACCAAAGCGAGCAGCGCAUCCAGACGCUCAACUGCCUGUUCGUGAUGUUCAACAACUUCCUGAUCAAGCUGCGGGACGCCAAGUGCAUCCCGCACGAGUUCACCGAGUAUCCGGAACUGCUGCUGGUUCAGUUCGCCGACGAAAGCCAGUGCCACAUUCACUUGAACAUCAUCCAAGCGUUCGUGAUACUACUGACGCAUUCGUCGUUCAUCUCGGUUGCAGGGCAGAUACUGGACUACUGGUUCCCGGAAGGUUCGCCGCCACCGCAGGCGUUCACGGUGGAUGGAUCGGAACCGGUGUGCAUUCUGCCCGACUGGUUGAAGCUGAAGAUGAUCCGGAGCAACGUCGAGCGGCUUGUGGAUGCGGCCUUGCAGGGUCUGACCCCGGACCAGAUCGUGCUGUUUGUGCAGAACUUUGGCACACCAGUUAGCUCGAUGUCGAAGCUACUGGCGCUGCUCGAUCGGGCCGUGAUCGUACAGUACGAGGCGGUGAACGCGGCCAUCCUCAACAAAAGCUAUCUGGCGCAGCUAAUCGAGAUACAGCAAGCACGCGGUGCGAAAAACGGACAUCUGUCGGUGCAAGCGUUGGAGCUCCUGCCACAGCAAUUAGAUGCUGUAAACGUACCGGUCGAUGAGCGACGGAUGUCGAUUGACGAUGAAAAGGAUAAAAUGUCGAUCGUGACACCGUCAUCCGGAAGCUUAAUGGAACCGUACCGCAUUGAGCUGUUACCGAUGGGUGCUGGUUUCAAUUCCGUUGCACCUGGAGAUCUACGACGUUCGGUAUCGUCCGACGCACGACCUUCCGGAUCUAAGACAAAGGAAAUCGAAGAAGCAGUCGAGCUAACUCUGACCUGCCCGUUGAAGCUGAAUCGCCCGGCUAUGGCCAAAUACCGCAAGCUGAUCCAGCGCCUCAUGAACUCUGCGUCAAAAUCACAAGAGUACGCCGCUAACAAGUCGAUCGCCUACCUCGGCCGGUUGCUAAAAAGCCCACAAGGCCAGAGCGUGAUCAAGGGGAUGGUACAGAACUCCCAAAUCAUCUGCUUCUUCCGGGCGCUGUUGGAAACACCGGUCGAAAAAUAUGAAAACCUCAACUACCUUUUGCACGUACUGGACGAGAUAAUCCGGAUCGUGAACCCCCAACCGAACACAGUUCUGUUGGAGGUGCUGGUCAGCAGGCGGACUCAGCUGAUCCGGAUCGCCCAAAAGGAAGCGGGUACUGUGUCGAAUGGCGCAAGCCAGCAACAGGAACCGGUGGCAACGCUGCCAGCGACCGGAGGUGAUUUGCUGCAGGUGCUUUCGACAACCCGUACGGCCGAAGUAGAACGCAAAGGUAUGCAACAACUGUGGCGGACGAGUCGCGAAGCCCUGAUCUCCGUUGCCUCCACCAUGCUCAAAGGCCGAAGCGUCAUCAUGACAGACGGGACGGAUGUACCUCUGGAAGGGAACAAAUGUGGAUUGCUGGUGGAUUGGGUGGCGGACGCAGACUCGGAACUGAUACGGAUCGACAAGGAGCAACAAAUGGAGCUGCUGUUUAGCAAAAGCCUAGCGGAUUCACGACCGUACUUGCUCUCGCUAAUAUCGCACCAGGCGAGCUGGGCCACGUUACACCAGACGGUAGAGUUACUGAUGGACCAAUUCAAUCCGACGUACGAUCCUACCUCCGUGCUAGAUUUCAUCGAUACCCUGACACGCAAUCCCCGACUGUGGCAGGGUCGAGAUAAGGCCGUUCCGAAACACGAGCAAAUCGAAUACAUCGUGACGUUAAACACGGCACAGUCCUGUACCUUUAUCGAUUACAUUUUGGCGGAAGAAGAGAGUAUAGCGAUCGGUGGACCGGUCCGUCGGUUAAGCCAACGUGUGAAGCUGUUGCUCCAGUGUUUGUCCGCCAAAUUCACGAUGCUCCCUCGAAUGGUAGCGUACGUGCAGGAUCAGCAACGGCGUGACGCGUUCCCUCGUGCUGGUUCCGUGGGUCGAAACUUUCUACACCAGCUGUACCUGAACUUGCCUCCGAUGAAGUUCGUCCUUCCGAACGUAGGCCCAACGCUGUACGAAGCGGACAUGCGUAAUGCUCCCGGCGGUUGUGUGGCGGACAAAUUCACCUACUACAUUAUAACGACGAUCGCGUGCCUGAACAAUCCGCGUGACUUUCAAACCAUGUCUGCGGAGAUGGAAUUGAUCGUGCGUAAGCUCGCUGCGUCCCAUCCGACAUUGCUGCUACGGCAAUUGUCCGUGUUGGCCGCUUUAUUGCAGGGCCGUGCCCAUAUGGAUUUGCACGUGUUGCGGUCGGAAUAUCACUUCCACCUGUUCCACCAGGUGAUGGGCAUCCUGGAACUACUGGCACCGCUGGUCUAUCGUGACUGCUACCGUGAGGGGCUUCAGAACGCGCUCGAUUGCUUCUUCCAGCUGCUGAAACACCACGGCACGUUCAAGGAGAGUUACACACUCAUCUACCGGUUUGUCGAGUUCCUACAAGCGUACAUCGGUGCGAAUCCAGUGACGGCAAUCGCGUUCGUGGAGCAGUACGCCGAUGUGCUGAUCGAGCUAUCCCAUCAACACUUCGACCUGCAGUCGUUGCAGCAACUUGUACAGGGUCUUUCAAUGCUACGGCAAACGGGUGCUACAUCGAAGAAGCAAUCGAAUGACAUCAUGGCCGAUUUAGAUCAACUUGCAGCGUGUUUGGCGCUGUAUGAUGGACGCGGGGAACGAUCCACCCGCCCGAUCGAGAACGGCCACGGAAGUCAACCCAAACCGGGCAGUUGUUCCGCUGCUGCCGGUCUCAUGCUGGCCCCACCCGCCCGCAAUGAUCUGCUGCCGACACACUGGACGGAACUGGUGGCGUUAUUGCGGUCACGUGACGUGGAUGAAAUCUCGGUGCCACUGAUGGAACUGGAUGCGCUCACCGUCAAACGGCCUGCCUUGCUGGAGGACAUCUUCGACGAUGUGAUCCGUUUUGUGCAGCAUCCUUCGCUAGCGAUUCGACAGAUGGCGCACAACCUAGUGGCCCGCUGGCUGAAACAGAAUCCGGGCAGCGGUACUACGAACAGUACAGCACUGACGGCGUUCGUGCAGUGCCUCAAUCACGAUGACAUUGCUGUGGCGCAUAGUGCCCUUGACAAAACGACCGAGUACACGCUCUGCCUGCAGGAACACGCGCCACAAAUCCUGACGUCGGUUUUUGAGCUGGGCAUUGGUUGUCGAAUUAACACGUACAACGCGCUCAGGCGGUGCGUUCAAGCGCUCAAGAAACAGCACGCGUGCUGAAGUAACCAAUCUAAUAGAACUACGGGAAAGUACACGAACCCGCUGGCAAGCACUGGAAAACAUCUCA